AUGCCGAGCAUGCGCCAGUCUGCUCUCAGACUCAUGGGUAGGGCAACCGACUUCAUCCAGGCCGAGCUUGAACUCGUAAAGGCACAACCCGACUUGCGUGCCGUUCCGACCGGACUUUUAUUCUCGCUAUUCUGUCUCGGAACGACGGUCUGUUGGGUAGAUUCGCGGGGCUUUGGCAUCCCAUUCCUCCGCGAAGCGCGAACUCUCAUUCAGCGGCUGAACACGCGGUCCCUAGUCCUCAGCGCCACCGGCUUGGACAUGCUGACCUUCUUCAACAAGAGCUUGGCAUAUUGCGAGAUGCUUCUAGCGGUGGAUCUGAUCGUUGCUCAACGCCUCGAGGAACAGCUCUUGGAACUGGAGUUUCCUCCAGACAGCCCGGAUGUUGACACCGGAGAUUUUGCAACGCCAGUGUCUCACCUCGCAAAAGUUGCAGAGGCCUACCGCCUAUCUUCGUUGCUACACCUCUACCAGACCUUUCCGGAUCUUGUUUCGCUUCGCCUUCCGACCGAGUCCCCCGUCACGGAGAGUGGCUCCGUGCCAUGGGACGAGUGGAUCAUUCCCCUAGCCCUUCGACUCGUCAAGGUCCUGGAGCACAUUCCUACGACAUCCGGCACUCGAGUGAUCCAGCCGCUGCUGUACAUCUCAGCUAGCACCGGUCUUCGGCACGACAAUUCCGCGUCGUCUGACAUGAUGAACAUUUUCGGUUCGCUCCAGCAAGACCUGAUGGGUGGCACGGGGUCGAGCGUCAUCAGCCCUCCGCCAUUGUUCGAUUCGCACAACCUGUCGUUGUACAUCAGCCAGAUGGCUUCUGCCCCGGUACCGGAGGAGCCCAUGGGCAAUCUUUCAGUAGACAUCAGCAGCGCCAGACAUUUUGUUAUGCGACGGCUGGGCAUCUUGGAGAGCAGUCUGCCGCCUGCGCCGGUGGUUGUUGCCAGAGAGCUGGUGCAAACCAUUUGGAGAGCCUACGACAGCGAGAUUGGGAUACCGACGAUUCACUGGAUCGAUAUAAUGGAGGACAACAACUUGCGGUCAAUGUUUGGAUAA